CAUAAUUCUACAAGUAUAUUACAUAAAAACUGAAUAUGGCGCUAACGUCGUUUCUUAAAAUUAAGUGUUGGCAUACUAUUUUAUAUGUAAUUAACUUUAAAUAGAUCAGAGAAGAGAACGGAAUAAUGUAAACCUCAAUGUGGUUUGAUGGCGAGAUACAUGUUGUGAAAUUGGAAAUAAAAUUGUUUUCUGAGGAUGCAUCCGAUAUAUGUAUCAUAAUCAAAUAUUCCUCACUCAAAUAUUCUCCGACCAUUUACUCUGAGCAUCAAUACAACUCUUCCAACAAGACAAUGUUACAUGUAUAUAAGAGUAUAUCGCGCUUUGCUGACGACGAGCGUUAUUACUCCAAAUAUAGUAGCAUCGUUAUUAUUCCGGCCUUUCUACCAAUGAACAUUGCUGGAAUGAAGCUUGUAGAAGACUUUGAAAACCAAAACCUUCCAAAAAACAUGGAGGAUACGGCAAAAGCAGUGGUAAAAAAAGCAUUACAUUUAGAACAGACCCAUCAACAACAUACACACAGCGCUUAGUUCGAGAGGUAUACCCUUGUUUUUAAUAUUUCCCAAAAUGUAAUUACUGUUUUUGGUAUUUUGAGUUUAAAAAAUUAGGUUUGAUGGUUAAUUGAUGUUUUAUAAAUUCAAAAUUUACAACAUGACAUUAUCUUAAAAACCGUCUCUUGUGGUUUCAGUUUCUUAAUUGAUGCAAAAUGCAAGAUUUGAAUACAGCAGAUUUUUAUUCAAAAUCAUGUCUGACACCACCUGAAAAUUGGUUGCCGUUCAAAAUAAUUAAAGAAUCAUAAAAUGGUACAUUUUGUUUCUGUCAAAAGUAACCUUGAUUAUUCUAAUUAAUAUACAUAUAUAUAGGUGCGGUUCGAUACAAUUUGAAAAUGCAAUAACUCUUGACAGGUGUGUAGUCAUUCCAUUAAAUUAAAUUAUAUUAUAAACUAUAAUUAGUGUGAAUAAAAAAUAUUUAAAUUUGAUGAUAAUAAUUUUCAAGAUGCAUAUGAUUGAAAACAGGAAUGUAGCAUUAGCAGAUGACACUAAAAGAAAACUACUAGUAGUCUAUGGGCACAGUCUGUUAAUAAGAUGGAAAAAAUGGCAGGCCAUUGACGACUGUAUCUGUAUGUACGAACAUACGUUUUCUGCUGGUGAUCACCAUAGAAUUAUCUCAAUGCUUUACAACAUGUUCAAAAAGUAAGUAACUUCCUGUACAUCUUUGAAUGUUAAUUUGUUUUUAAAUUUUUUUUUCGUGUGUUGUGACCAAAAGUGAAAAAUUUGCACAAACCGGUGAUUUAAAAGGACCAAUGCAAAAGCUGAUAAACAGGCGUCAUACAACGAUUCAUUGCACAACUACAACUUUGCACAUUCGCCAUCACACAAAGAACGACAUCUUGUAAAAAGCUGUGGUCUCAAAUGCAUGUUAGAUGAGCUUGAGUAAUCGCAAUGACGUUUUGUAAAACAGUACAAUGGGUGGCAUCUUGUGUGAAGUUAUAACAAGUGGGACGCCAUGAUUGGUGACGCCUUAUCAUGCAGCGCAAAGUAGACAAAACAAUGACUGAGAAUGUCAAUUUGAAAGCAAAACAUAUUUAAUUGUUUAGUUCCUAUAGGUGUUGUAUUUGCUAUCGAUAGCUAAAGGGGUGACCACAUGUCAGGUAUAAACAUAUUUCUUAUGAAAAUAAAACUGCAGUUUUCUUUGAAGAAAUUUUACAAGUAAAUAAUAUAAAUAGUUAUAUUUUUUAUAUAUGUUGAAAAAAUGGAUUGGAUUUUCUGGAGAUGAAUGUAGUAUUCCCUGUUCCCCUGGAAUUAAAAAGGAUUAGGAUGCGUGUUGGACUCGAGAAUGAAGAACCUGUCUAGUUUUGGAUUAGAAAAACCAAUAAGGCAGAAAUCUUAACAAAAGAACGGGAAAAUAUUAUGUAGAGUAAUUGAGUUUUAGGGGAAAACCCCUCAAACCAUUUGGCACAGUAUAGAACUCUUUGAGUUUGGGUUACAUUUUGCUCUCCGUGCUGGCCAGGAACAAACAUACCUUCUGUUUAAUUCCAAAACUCAAAUUACAAUACUUUACAAACCAGAUGGAACUUAAUAUUUACUAUAAAAAGAUGACGUUUCCAAAAUUAGCAUUGAAAGACUCUAGCAUAAACACAUGAAACCGACAACCACAUAGCUUUACCAGAACAAUAUUGUAUCUACAAGAUACCUAGUGUCGACCUAUGAAAAGUACAGAAGGUAGAGACAAAUAUUCUACGCGUAAAUACAUGUAUAUGAUUGGACAUUCAAUACUUACAUCAUAAUAUUUAUAUAAAAAACUAAUGCAUUUCUCAAUGUAGAUCAGUAGAAAGAAAACGCGACGCUCUUUACCUUAACUUAUAGUAUACAGUUUCAUGGUAUGUAGAUGCACCUGUUUGGGUUCAUGUUUUCAUAAAAAGAGGUAUUAUAAUCCACAUUAAUAUUUGGGAGACGUCCCAUACCACCAUAAUACAUUUUUUUCUUUAUACGAUUGGUAAGGUUAUUGUCCUUUGUGUAUUAAAUGAGUGUUAUCACUACUAUUUCGAAACCAUAAUAGAAAGAGACUUAAAAAUUUUACCAACGUGUUAGUUCACCUAUAGAUUCCUUCAAUAUGUUCUUACUGAAAGCAUUUGAUGUCCUCCUCUAGCAGAUAUUGCGCCUGAAAGUUUUUAACUUUCAAUAAAUCCAAAUUAUUUACAUUCGAUUAAUUUAAUUAUAUUGGUACCGUUAGAGAUGCCUUUUGAUAAAUGUAAUAACUCUUAAUUGGAGCAAAGUCAUUAUAUUAAUUUAUUUUAAUUAGCAUAGAGCAUGGAGUAAUUAUUUUCGGUAUUUCUUACCAGGGAAACACGGAAGUAUGACACUGCCCAAUGACUAUAGGUACAGUCUAUAACGUACAGAUGGCAGGUCACCGUCGACUGUUUGUUUGUACGUGUGUCUUUCUAUUGUUGAUCACCAUAGAAUCAUCUUGCGGCAUUCACACAUGUUCUACUGAUAAUAAUUCAUCAUUUAAAUGUUGUCUUGGUUUCCGAAAGAUAGAGGAUGUUUGCACAGAAUGCAUUGGAUUUUAUGGAGAGGAAUGUAGUAUACCCUGUCCAGCAGGAUUUUAUGGACGUCAAUGUAAAACACCCUGCAACUGUUCUUCAAACGAGGCUUGUAAUCAGUUUGUUGGUUGCAGAUCAAACUCCACAUGUGGUGAAGGUCAUCAUUCGGUAAAAGGUAAUCUAAAAUGGAUGUUGAUGAUCUUCUUCAUAUGCCUGCAAGGCUUCAAUUUGGUUUUCUGCAUCGGUUAUCCACUUAGAAAAAGAAAGAACUGGAUAAGAAAAAUGAUGAUAAGAAAAAUGGAAAAGUGUAGAGGAUGCUUUCUUUUUUCCCAGCAAAAAGGUAAAACGGUUCGAAAUAAAGGACACAGUGACAGCCACCCAAUGCACAGAAGCGCUGAUUAUGGAUAUGUAGGUGAUGGCUACCAUCAAAUUCAUUUUCCAAAUUAAAACCUUUCGAUUUUGCUCCGAUCAAUGCACUGUGAAAGACAAUCAUUAACCCAACAAUAAAAUUGUGACGAUGCUAGCUUAGAUAAUGCCCCCAAAAUUUGUCGAUACACUGCGUUUUACGGGAUUGCACCGAAUACUGUUUUAUUUCUCGAUGCAGAAAAAAGUCACUGUUGCUUUGAACUUUAUAAAAACUUUUGAACAUUUACUUGUCAGUGCUGGCUUCAUAUAUGUUCAACACUGUCUUGCAACUUCAUUUGCAUUUUAUGAUUAAAGGCAAAAAUCCGUAUAUUAAAUAAAAGAAACUUUUUUCACAAGA